UCAAAACCGAACCCGUCAAAAUCCUCAAGGACGUUGCAUGACCCCGUGACAUGUCCGAGCAGGGUAUUCCACAAGCUGCUCUACUCCCAGCCGAGCCCGCAGCGCCGCCGGGAGCCCCCCAGCAGGGAGAACAAGCUGAAGCUAUUCCUGAAGCGCAGCAGCGAGCCCCUGCUCAACCUACAGAACCCCCAACAGCCGCAGGGUCACACCCACCAGACGCUGAUCAUCGAGGAAUUCGAGCCGGACGUCUUCAGGCAGCUCAUCGAGUACAUCCACACGGGAUGCGUCACGCUCCAGCCCCGCACGCUCCUCGGUGUGAUGAAUGCAGCAGACUACUACGGGCUGGAGGAGCUCCGGCGAUCUUGCUUCGGGUUCGUCCAGUGUUGCAUCAAUGUGGACACGGUGUGUGCACUGCUUUCAUCGGCCGAACGGUACAUCCAGUACAAAUGCACCAAGUCCCUCGUCCAGAAGGUGUGCUCAGCUCUUAUCUCCGGUGUGGACACGGUCAUUAAGGGUGAUGGACCGGUGCUGGAGUUCGUGGACGAGCACGGGAACGAGGUGCUGAACCUAGGUUCAUUCACCCUGUUGCCCCAACACGUCGUCAGGCUCAUCUUGGCCCGAGAUGAACUCAAAGCCGACGAACUCACCAAAUUCCAGGCGGCACUGAUGUGGAGCAAGAAGUACUGCGACAGCAAUCCACACAUGGAUCUCAAGGACGUCGUGUCCACGUUCCUGGAAUACAUCAAAUUCCACCUGAUCCCGGCCAGUGUGCUCAUGAAGGAUGUCCAUCCCCUGGGGCUCGUCCCGGACCACAUCAUCAUGAACGCACUCGCUUACCAGGUCUAUCAAGCGGACCCGAGCAGCGUGGACGUGAGCAAGCUGUCACCGAACCGCGCCCGAAGGAUCCACGGGAGAUCCAUGUCAGUACAGAGUUCCAUGGAUCCCUUGGGGAGCAACACGACCCUCAAUUCCAGCGAGUACUCGGAUCUCGAGAGCGGGAGGGCCAGCUCGGAAAACACUGGCUCUCCGCAGGGACAGUGACUGCCGGCGCGGGGGAAGUGACUACCGGCGCGGGGGCAGUGACUGCCGCCGCGGUGGAAGUGACUACCGCCGCAGGUGAAGUGACUUUCUGCGGCAUGUUCCGCUCUGUCUUCAUGUGUUUCUUUGAUGUGACAACUGUGAUACCCACCACACAUUUUGAUGUUCCCUUCCGUUCGUUGAGCUGUUCAUGAAGCACAGGAG